ACACCUGAACUUACACCUGAACCUACAACACCUAAACUUACAACACCUGAACCUACAACACCUAAACUUACAACACCUGAACUUACAUCUGAACUUACAACACCUGAACCUACAACACCUGAACCUACAAUAACACUUGAACCAACAACACCUGAACUUACACCUGAACCUACAACACCUAAACUUACAACACCUGAACCUACAACACCUAAACUUACAACACCUGAACCCACAACACCUGAACCUACAACACCUGAACCCACAACACCUGAACCCACAACACCUGAACCCACAACACCUGAACCUACAAUAACACUUGAACCAACAACACCUGAACUUACACCUGAACCUACAACACCUAAACUUACAACACCUGAACCUACAACAACACCUGAACUUACAAUAACACUUGAACCAACAACACCUGAACUUACAUCUGAACCUAGAACACCUGAACUUACAACACCUAAACUUACAACACCUGAACCUACAACACCUGAACUUACAAUAACACUUGAACCAACAACACCUGAACUUACAUCUGAGCCUACAACACCUGAGCCUACAACACCUGAGCCUACAACACCUGAACCUACAACACCUGAACCCAAGAGACCUGAACUUAUAACACCUGAAUGUGCAUCACCUGAACCAACAACAACAACAACAACAACAACAACAACAACAGCACAUGAACCUGCAACAGCAACAGCAACAACAACUCUUCUAUAA